CUCUUAUCUCCAGAGAGCAUGAGUGAAAAUAGAAAUUUGGGGACCGAAGGAACAAUGCGCUGAACAAAGCCCGAAACAAAAAUGAGGAAAGAGAAUGAUCGGCCACUUCACGAGAACCGGGUGGAUCAACCCUUUGCUACCCUUAACCGAUUCCACAUCCUCGUCCAUGUCUCGGUCACCCUCGCCGUGCUCUACUACAGAGUUUCACGGUUGCCACUUCUCCUCCAACUCUCCUUCACCACACUGGCAUGGAUUCUCCUCAUCGGCUCCGAGCUCUUGCUAUUUUUCCUGUGGAUCCUCGCUCAGGCUUACCGAUGGCGACCCAUCUCCCGGACCGUGUUUCCUGAGAGACUGCCGGAAGAUGGAAGCCUCCCGCCCAUCGAUGUUUUCAUCGUCACGGCUGACCCUGACAAAGAGCCGACCGUCGAGGUGAUGAACACACUCAUUUCCAUCAUGUCCCUUGAUUAUCCUACCAGCAAGCUCCACGUCUACCUCUCCGAUGACGGAGGAUCACCGAUCACUCUGUCUGCUACUAGGCUGGCCUACGAUUUUGCCAGAUCAUGGGUUCCUUUCUGUAGGAGGUACAAGAUCGAGACACGGUAUCCAGCAGCCUACUUCUCUGGAUCUAAUGUUGAAAGUGUAGGAAGCCCGGAGUUUCAGGAGGAACGGCAGAGAAUCAAGCUUUUGUAUGAGUCCUUUAAGAAAAAUGUGGAGAAGGAAAAGGACAAGACUAAAAGUACUCAAGUUAUGACCAAAAGAGUUCAAGAUCAACCUUCUUGUAUUGAGAUAAUCAAAGGCGACCAAGAAAUGAGUACCUCCUUUGAGAAACAAGCAGAGAUACCACUACUAGUCUAUGUCUCCCGUGAGAAAAGAAAGAACCAUCCUCACCACUUCAAGGCUGGUGCAUUGAAUGUCCUUCUUCGCAUCUCAGGCAUAAUAAGCAAUUCUCCUUAUAUAUUAGUAUUAGACUGUGACAUGUACACCAACAACCCAGCAUCUGUACGACAGGCAAUGUGCUUCCACCUUGAUCCCCAUUUAUCCCCUUCGUUAGCUUUUGUUCAAUUCCCUCAAAAUUUCCACAAUAUUAGCAAGAAUGACAUAUAUUGUGCUGAAUUGAGGUCGGUUUUCGAGAUUCAAUGGAAGGGCUGUGAUGGGCUCAAGGGGCCAAUACUCUCUGGCACAGGCUUCUACAUCAAAAGAAAUGCAUUGUAUGGAGCCAGACCAGGCCAAAAGUCAACAAGAGAAGGGUUCAACUCGACCGAGAUAGCAGAACUCAAACAAAGUUUUGGUUCCUCCAAUGAGUUUAUCGCAUCGUUUCUUCAUAACAGAAGAAAUGAUCUUGACAACAGAGCAACAACAUACGCAUGCUCACAAGAAGCCACACUUCUGGCUUCUUGUACAUAUGAGAUUGAUACUCAAUGGGGUGAACAGAUGGGAUUCUUGUAUGGUUCAGUAGUUGAGGACUACUUCACAGGCUUUCAUUUGCACUGCCGAGGUUGGAACUCAGCCUACUAUAUCCCUCCAAGCCCUGCAUUUCUUGGCAGCGUUCCCACUAGCUUCAGUGACACUCUGAUCCAGAGAAAGAGAUGGAUGUAUGGAUUGCUCGAAGUGGGAUUCUCAAGAUUUUGCCCUCUCACUUUUGGUAUUUCAAGUGCAACUUGUAUGCUUCAGAACAUGUGCUAUGCCUGGCAGGCAUUCCAGCCCUUAGACUCAUUUUCUCUGUUGUGCUAUGGCAUCAUCCCCCAGUUGUGCUUCUUGAAUGGCAUCUCCUUGUUUCCUGAGGUUUCCAGCCCAUGGUUUGCUGCCUUCGUGGCGGUGCAUCUAUCUUCCUUGUCUCAACAUCUAAGGGAGGUCCUUUACUCCAAAGGAUCUCUAAGGACAUGGUGGAAUGAGCUGAGAUUUUGGAUGAUAAUUUCUGUAACAGCCCAUCUCUUUGCAUGUUUAAAUAUAAUCAUGAAGUUGGUUGGCAUGAAGGGAGUAAUCAACUUCGAUCUUACAAACAAAGCAGUGAGGGAGACGCAAAUCCAAAUGUAUGAGAAUGGGAUUUUUGAUUUUGAAGGAACGUCACUGUUACUCAUCCCACUGACAACCCUCAGCAUCCUAAAUGUGGCUACAUUGAUUGGAGGGGGAUGUCGUGUGAUCGUGCAGAAAAGCCUCCAUGAUUUGUUUGGACAGCUUUACAUCUCGUGUUUUAUACUGCUCAUCAGCUAUCCAGUGCUUGAAGGGAUCAUAAUAAGAAGAGACAAGGGUAGAGUUCCAACUUCCAUCACCUUGUGGUCUAUUAUGUUGACUGUGAUCCUUCUGCUUUUGUUUGGGUAAAAGAUAAUCUCUGGUUGGGGUGCUGGGUUGAUAUGCGCCCACCUAAAUAGACUACUCAUCUAUGAAUCCAACAAGAUUUCCAGCCCAAUUUUGCUGAAUAUUAUCCAACAGCUCUGGAGGGAGAUGUCCUACUUGCAUCUGACAACCGGUCAGUCCUCCCCAGCCCCACCCUAAUAUAAUUAGUUUGGAUGAAAUCUUUAGGGUGAUCACUUCAUGACUUGAAACCUGAUCCCCAUUUGUAAGCGAUGAGGUAUAUACAAUAAUCUUUUGAAGUUCAUUGUGGAUA